AUGGACGCCAACGACUAUCCGCGUCUCUACUACACAAGUAUGCCCUCGAGCAGCACUUCAAUGGUCACGACGACGCGAUUUUCGACAUCUUUUUCGCCGUCAAUUCCCUGCCAUCGACAAGAAAACUUCAGACGACACUCAACUUCAGCUCUAGCAAAACGAAACGGCUCAGAAAGCGAAAAAUCAGCUGAAAUUCGAGAAAAUCCGGACGAAAUCGAAGUUUCCAGAGUUUCUGGCCGUGAUAGCUCUCUCGCCUUCUACACAACUGCACACGAGACGUCGUCGAUGCUCAGUAGAGACAGUCGCGACGAGACCCUUACACCGAAUGAGCACAUCCAUCAAGCUUCCAGCCGUAGAGUUUCAGCCAACGAUUCCGUUUUCGAGGACGGUUACGUGGAUUUUGUAGAUGAGCCUCGUGAGCACGGAAGUCGUCGAAAAUCGUUUGAAAAAUUUACUGAUCGAAACGGAGAAGAGAAGGAAGGAAGAGUUUUCGAAUUAUCAACACCGCAGCCGACACGAGAAGCAGCACCAGGAGCUCAUCAAUUUCAGUUACCAACUCUACUUGUUACCUCAACACCAACUACAGUAUUUGAUCAUAGUGACGACGAAGUUUGGACACCGUACCGUCCGCCACCGAAUCGGGAAUACUCAUCAUCCAGUGAACCUAUGAUGGGUGAUCUCACGUUUAGACUUCAAUCCGGUAUUCACAAAAAAUCAAUUGCUGUCGAAGGAACUGAAAUUGCGCUUCGAGACCUUCGAAAUGAGGCUCUACAGUUUAUCAAGGAAAUUUAUCCGGAAAAAGGAUGUUCAUCGCUGGAAGAUUAUAUUCUACUGUAUAAGCAUGAUCUUCGAUCAAUCAAUAUUCUACAAUUAAUCACUACGUCAUCAGAUGUUACAGAUGGAACACUUGUUGAAGUUGUCAUUGGAUCAUGUCCUCAAAACGAGCGAAUCGUCGUCCACCCACACACUCUGUUCGUCCACUCGUACAAAGUUCCGACGUUUUGCGAUUUCUGUGGAGAACUUCUAUUCGGACUUGUCAAACAGGGACUCAAGUGUUUCGGUUGUGGACUCAACUACCAUAAGCGAUGCGCUUCGAAGAUCCCGAACAACUGUAACGGGUCGAAGCAGCGACGGCCAUCGGCUAUUCCAUUGUCGCCGUCGAAUUCGAAUAUUUUGAAUUUGAACGAGAGGAGGCAUUCCCGUCGUGAAUCAUGUCUUGAAGCUCUGGAUGCAGCACGACCUUCGUCAACGCUUGGCGGCGCGGCAACUCCGAACAUUUUCAUCACGUCGGACGAUUGUGGAGACGCCGUCGGCGGAAAUUAUCUUCAAAUGCCGCGGAAAGAUCGUUCAUGUUCGUGGAGCGGUCGGCCACUUUGGAUGGAAAUUGCCGAGGCGACACGGGUGAAACUUCAGGUUCCCCACACAUUCCAAGUGCAUAGCUAUAAGCUUCCGACCGUCUGUCAACACUGUAAAAAGCUACUGAAAGGACUUAUUCGGCAGGGAAUGCAGUGUCGAGAUUGCAAGUACAAUUGCCACAAAAAAUGCUCGGAACAUGUGGCAAAAGACUGCUCGGGUAACACGAAAGCCUCACAGUUCUUCCUCGGAAGUCAAGCGGACGAUGGUGCUUCGGAAGAUCGUGACGAUGAUUUGUCGCUUCGGAGUGGAAGUGGAGCACACAAAAAGGCUCAGAAUACGCCAAGCGCGCCGUUGCAGGGCUCUGAAGGUUCUGGAUCACCGGGCCCAGUUGUCUCGUUUGCGGCGAACGCCUUAUCGAAUAUGCCCGACGAUGACGUCAUCAGCUCUGAAAGUGCCAAUAUUCCACUGAUGCGCGUUGUGAUGUCGAAAAAACAGACGAAACGGAAAAAUAACAAGCUGCUCAAGGAGGGAUGGAUUGUGCAUUAUACUGAUCAACAGAAUAUGCGCAAAAAGCACUACUGGCGGCUUGACACAAAAGGCAUCACAAUGUAUCAGGACGAGAAUACGACACGCUACUACAAGGAAAUUCCGUUGAACGAGAUUCUCAACGUGUCGAUGUCGCCACCGGACAAGACGGCCGACUAUCUUUUCGAAAUUCGGACCGGCGUUUGCGUCUACUUUAUAUCCGGUUCACCAUCUGACGAGAAGGGAUCCUCCCUGGAUGCUCAGUCAUGGACGACGGCGAUUCAGUCCGCACUGAUGCCAGUAACACCGCAAAGUUCGGUGGUUGGCGGAAAACGAAUUGAUAAGCUGAAAGUGCCGACAGAAGGAGAAACUGGGCACCUUGGCGCGAAAAUCCAAACGGAACACGAAUUCUCACAACUUUAUCAAAUAUUCGCUGAAGAAGUCCUCGGAUCCGGACAGUUUGGUACUGUUUACGGAGGAAUCCACCGACGAAAUGGUCAACACGUCGCCGUGAAGCUCAUCGAUAAGCUGAAAUUCCCGCCGAACAAGGAGGAUCUGUUGCGGGCUGAAGUGCAGAUCUUGGAGAAGGUCGACCAUCCUGGGGUGGUUCACUUCAUGCAGAUGCUUGAGACGACUGAUCGGAUCUUUGUUGUGAUGGAGAAGCUGAAGGGUGACAUGUUGGAGAUGAUCUUGUCCAGUGAGAAAGGAAGGCUUUCGGAACGGACUACGCAGUUCCUGGUGGCUCAGAUCCUUGAAGCUCUCCGUUACCUUCAUCAUUUGAAUAUUGUGCAUUGUGACUUGAAACCGGAGAAUAUCCUUCUCAACUCGAACUCGGACUUCCCACAAGUCAAGCUUUGCGAUUUCGGAUUCGCUCGAAUCAUUGGAGAGAAGAGCUUCAGGCGGAGUGUCGUCGGAACGCCUGCCUACCUGGCGCCUGAAGUUCUACGGAACAAGGGAUUCAAUCGAUCGCUCGACAUGUGGAGUGUCGGUGUGAUUGUCUACGUCUCACUGUCGGGAACGUUCCCGUUCAACGAGGACGAGGAUAUCAACGAUCAGAUUCAGAACGCCGAAUUCAUGUACCCGCCGACACCGUGGAAGGAGAUCUCUGAGAAUGCUAUCGAAUUCAUCAACGGACUGCUCCAAGUUAAGAUGAGCAAGCGGUAUACGGUGACGAAAGCGCAGUCGCAGAUCUGGAUGCAGAACUACACCCUAUGGUCGGAUCUACGAGUACUGGAAAAAGCUGUCGGUCAACGAUUCGUAACUCAUGAAAGUGAUGAUGUGAGGUGGCAGGCUUACGAAAAAGAGCACAAUGUGACUCCGGUCUACGUAUAAUAUCCAGCAGCAGGACCCCCAGAGAAACUUUUCAUAUUUUUUGCAUCUUCUUGUCACAUAUCCAUUUAAAUUUUAUUUCGUUUUUUCUUGUUUCAUAAUUUUUUUUCCAAAUUUUCUCACUCACAUUCCCUGUGUUCCCACACCCAUUUCUUAAAACAUUCCUAGUCGAAAAAUCCUCCUAAUUUUUACGUUUUUCCCCGUUUUUCACCAAAAAAUCGGAAUCCAACCCCCACCCAGCGCACACAAAAUUUGCCAUAUGAUCCUCGAAAAUUUCCCGAUUUUUUUCCAAAUUUGUCCAAUUUUUACCAAAAUUUGUUCUUUUCUAUUCACUUUUCACCGCAAAAAAUGUUUGAAAUUUCAUCAGAUUUUCUUGUCUAAUGAUACGCCCGAAGAUUUAUUUAUAUAUGUGUAUGUUUUGAUUGAAUUAUUACUUUUUCUUUAUUGAAUGAAUUGGUGUAACUGAAAAUA